AUGUUGCGACCGUCCCUCAUCAAUCUAUUGCUUCUUGCAAGCACUGCCGAUAGAGUUGUGAGCUCUCAAGAAUCUGGCGCACAGGUCGUCUUGGGUCAAUCAGCGGGCCACUCGCCAGAAACGGUGCAUCACGACUUUAGCACCGAAGAAGCACAGCAACGAAUUCUACAAACCGUCGAAUCGUACCCUGAUCCCGUCGACGCAUUUCUUGCCCUUCAUCCCAAUGCUGCCGCCGCGCUUGCCGAACCACGACUCCUACACGUCAUCGGAGAGGAUGAGCCGGAAUGGAUGACGGUCGGAGCCAAGAUGCGCCUGAGGAGGAAUGGCAAGAAGUUCAUGGACGUUACAGACUAUCAUGACAUGUACAAGGAGCAAGUCGGCGCCCUAUCUGGAAAAGCUAAGCUACCCGACCUCACGCACCAAAGAUUGGUCAAGCCUCUCUUCCCGCAGGUAUCGACCUCGAAAAUGCACGACGUGCUCAAGCACAUGACGAGCUACUAUAAUCGAUACUACGGAGGUGUCAUUGGCGAGACGAGUGCCCAGUGGCUCCAUGAUCACAUUGCCGAAAUUAUUGCCCAGAGUCCGUUCCAUACGCACAUUUCCCUCGAAUACUUUACGCACAUCUUCCCACAGCCGUCCAUCAUUGCCCGGUUCGAGCCCAAAGUCCGCAACUGGACGCAACCUCUCACAAUUCUGGGCGCCCACCAGGAUUCAGCAAACUACCUAUUUCCCCUCCUACCUGCGCCGGGCGCCGAUGAUGAUUGCUCGGGCACAGUGAGCAUCCUGGAGGCUUUCCGUGUUCUGGCUCUCAGCGGCUACAUCCCGCAGGAUGGCCCUGUUGAGUUUCAUUGGUAUGCUGCAGAAGAGGGCGGUCUUCUUGGCAGUCAAGCUAUUGCUAGGUACAAGAAAGACUCCAAUGCUGUGAUUGGUGCAAUGAUGGAAUUUGAUAUGACUGCCUACGUUGCCCGCAAUGCCACCGAGUCCAUUGGCUUCAUCAAGACGCAAGCCGAUGUGCCGCUCACCGAAUGGGCUCACAAGCUUGCAAAAGAGUACAUCUCCAUUGCUUCUGAUGUUUAUGAACUUGGCCCUAAUGCCGGUUCUGACUACAUGUCAUAUACGAAACUCAACUACCCAGCAGCGUUCGCAAGCGAAGGCAACCCGCUCGCUGGUGGAGGCUUCCCUGGCGACUCUAAUCCGUAUAUUCACACGACCAAGGACACAAUGGACGUGGAUGACAAAAUCGGCUACUUCUCUAUUGAUCACAUGGCCCGAUUCUCGGAGCUUGCCAUUGCAUUUGUUAUUGAACAAGCUGGAUGGGACAACCGAUGGCGGUAG